UGGUUGGUUUGCGCCAACUUUAACAUUUGCAAUAACUUUUGCAAUAUUGAAGAUAGCAACUUGAUAUUUGGCAUGCAUAUGUAUCUCAUGGAGCUGCACAUUUUGAGUGGUGAAAGGUCAAGGUCAAGGUCAUCCUUCAAGGUCAAAGGUCAAAUAUAUGGGUCAAAAUCGCUCAUUUAAUGUAAACUUUUGCAGUAUUUCAAUAUUCAAGAUAGCAACUUGAUAUUUGGCGUGCAUGUGUAUCUCAUGGAGCUGCACAUUUUGAGUGGUGAAAGGUCAAGGUCAUCCUUCAAGGUCAGAUGUCAAAUAUAUGUGGCCAAAAUCGCUCAUUUUAUGAGUACUUUUGCAAUAUUGAAGAUAGCAACUUGAUAUUUGGCAUGCAUGUGUAUCUCAUGGAGCUGCACAUUUUGAGUGGUGAAAGGUCAAGGUCAUCCUUCAAGGUCAAAUAUAUGGGUCAAAAUUGCUCAUGUAAUGUCACUUCUGCAAUAUUGAAGCUAGCAAUUUUAUAUUUGAAAUGCAUGUGUAUCUCAUGGAGCUGCACAUUUUGAGUGGUGACGGGUCAAGGUCAUCCUUCAAUGUCAAACAUCAUAUAGGGGUCAAGGUCAUCCUUCGAGGUCAAACAUCAUAUAGGGGGACAUUGUGUUUCACAAACACAUCUUGUUGGCUAUUAAAUACUUUUUGUGCUGGAUAUUGGUCAAUAAACAUACUAAAACUGCUAUUCUUACAGACUCAAUGUCAUCUCUUGAGUCUUUAAAAAACAGGAAUAGCAGAUCUAGGCCUGAUAUUUUAACUAACAUUUUGGAGCUUCAUCAAAAGUGCAUAGAUAAAUCUUUAAAGGUCACAUUAGUAUGGUGUCCAGCACAAGUCAACAUCAGUGGGAAUGAGCAGGCAGACAGGGGGGCUAAGGAGGGCCUCUUGAGGGGGGCCAUAGAUGCUGGGGAGCCCCUGGCACCUACUGAGAUCUACUUCCUGACAAAGAAAUUUGUCGUGGGUCAGUGGAAUUUCCGGACCGACAAUUUGGCUUCCUGUAGACAUACUUUUACCCGACCCGCGAAAACCCUCAGGCCGCCUGACAGAUACUCAGCAAGCAUUGUGCUUGACAGAGCCAGCACGCGCCUGAGGAUGGGAACCACCCUAUUACCCGGUGGCACGGGAAAGUAUGUCCUCGGUGUAGACCCUGCAUGUCCUAGGUGCCAGGAACCCCUCACUGCGCCCCACAUGCUGCUGCACUGUCCAAACCAUAAGGCGCAGAGGGACCACCUCGAAGCUGCAUUGCACUCCCAUGGACUAGUUUAAACCUUUCCAACGUGCUAGACCCCAAGGGAGCAGCUAGGGGCCCGGUCUUCUCUGCCCUCGCCAAAUACCUUCUUGGCCGUCAGAUAACUGACAAGAUCUAGGUCAUUGGGGGAGGGAGAGCAGCCAACACCCUCCCUAUUAUUCAGUCAUGUGACUGAUUUGUUUUAUACCAUGUUAUUUUUGCACAAGUCUAAUUUAGUCAUUGUUAGUGUGUUGGAUUUGUGUCAUUUCAACACAACUUUGUUUUGAGUUUUUUAACGGGAUUAUUGUUCAACCUUAACCUUUCUAAAUCAGGCCAAUGGUAUUGACCUGGUAUUCCUUAUUUUAAAACAUUUUUUAUAAGAGAAUGACGUUA